CCCGGCACCGCCGGAGACUGGCAGACGCACCAUACAACAUCAAACAUCAAACAUCAAUUUCUAUUUAGGCAAUCGACAUAUAGCUAGUAAUACGGAACGGAGCAUUCUAGGUCAGUUUUUAGCCUAAUUUCAUAUCGCUCUAUGAUCGUGGGUAAAUUUGGUUUACGGCUUAACUUUGGGUUAUCCUUAGUAUUGAUAUAUUUUUUAAGAAAGAAAGGUGUCUAAACGGCCAUGCCGUCUUGUCCUUUGUCAUCCCAGCCAAAUGCUUGUUCAAAAGGAUCGUUUGGCAAUCGUUUCAGCACUAAGAAACACUUAAACAGUACACUUCAAAGUGGCAAUGAUCUUGGCAUAAAGUUUGAUCUCCAGUUACUUCUUGAAAGACAGUCUUUAAAUGAAACAUGGAACAAACUAGUGAAAAAUGGGAUACUGACAUCAGAUCAGAUUAAUCUGUUGGUGGAAGCUACCAACAACAAAACAAUAAGAAGUCCAAGUGGAAAUUUCCCUUGUGCAUGCUGUGAUGGGGAAUGUGAGCUAAAAUGUCAAAGUGUGUCGCAAAGCUCAAUUGGAUCUUCAUAUAUUGAGAAACCAGUUAUAAAAUUUCUCAAUGCAUGGACAUGGAACAAGGAUGUUGGUUUGGGCGAUGUAAUAGAAUGUAGAAAGAAUCUUGAGACACAGUUAGAGGAUCUCUGCAUCAAAUCUUCCCAGAGCAGUUUGAAUCUUCAGAAUUUAACAAAACAGCUCACUCUUUUCCGUCGACACAUAGAAGAGGUGAGGAAAGUUCGCCAUGCGGAAGAUUCAAGAAUUAGAGGGAUUGGAAAUCUGAAUAAAGACGAACUGGAUAAAUCUAAUGUCCAGAGAAAAUGUGUGUAUGAAGAAAUAGGCAGCAUUUCAGCAGAGAAGACUAAAAAUCCUGCGUCGUCACCCCAAACAAUCGUCGCUACCUUAACUGAAGUAGGAUCUAAUGCUGCGCUAAAUUUUCUGUUUGCAUUUUUCCGUCGCGCUUGGCAAUCAGGCGAAGACGGUGAUGCCUGUUUUGAGUUGUUGAUUCAUGCACUAGAAUCACUUCGUAGUUUACCUCCCGCUUCUAUCUUUCACCUUCUACAUCAAAAGGAUAAUAGCACAUGUGACCUUUGGUUCAGGCUGCUCAACAAAUCUGUCUCAUUUCUGCGUUCCAUUAUUUUCGAAGAAAGUUCGUGUUCAAUUCCUCUACGGGAUCGACAAGUGGCGCUACAACUUCUGUUAGAAGUCAGCAUUCAGCGUGGAAGUCUCCUCUGUGUUUUACAUGCUGUACACCUCCUUCUAGAAUUAUGGGACGUGGAAGAAAGUGGCCAGGAUAACCGUUCAAAUAAUCGAGGUCUUGCGUUUGCCCCCCUAAUCCUGACGCUCCGCCGAUGGAGCGCUGUCCAGCAAGAGCAGACGGGUGGUUCCGAAAAAUACAGUGAUGAAGAAUACGCUACUAGUCCAUCGGCUUGCCUUUUAAGGCAAGCAAGCUUAACGCCGGAACCCGAAGAUGGUGACAAAGACGUCGACGUUGACCUCUAUCAAGCUGCUGUGCUCAUCUUGGCUCAUUUGGAUCGAUUAGCCGCGCCCUUUAUUCAGCCGCCACCAUCGGUUUAUUUGCCGUUUCACCGAUUUUAUUUUACGUUUCGUGACCUUUUGCGUUUUCGUAUUCAGGAUCGCACAGUCAUUGAAAAUACCUUAAUUCGACUGGAUUUGAAUGCGUCGACCAUGGCAGAUCGUUACACAGAGGUACACAAACUUUCAAUCACCAUCGAACAAAUGAUCUGCACUGCCCUCGGCCUAUUAAUUCUAUCCAGCGAUGGCAAGGUGUACGUUAUCGGCUACACCGAUCCGGAACCGACCAUCCGAAUUCUCAAGAGUUUUUCGACUUUUUUGGUUUCGGAAAUUAGUUUUAUGGCAGGUGCAUGUGUCUGUGUUAUCCUAACACAUGCCGGGCAGGUAUACGCAUGGCCUUGGAUGGCAGACAGCGACGAUAUUCCAAUGAUGAUAAUGCCCGAUCAAGAUAUUGUUCGAAUUAGCUGUGGACAUGAAUAUGGGGUUGCCUUGUCGGAGGACGGAGAUAUUUACAUUUGGGGAGUCCAGCCAGGUGGCCAGUUGCAGCAAGCCAUGUUAUUUGGAAAUAUAUGUUCACAAAGGAUUGUAGAUGUACACUGCUGCUCUGAUCAUGCCGUUGUUGUCACCGAGGCAGGAAGUGUUCACUGUUUUCAUCUCAGUGAAGCAUUUGGGAGCCAAAAUAGCCAUAUUAGUCGUGCUGCCGCUACGCAACAAAGCCCCGUCGAAGCUUUGUUGCAAUAUAACAUCCAAAGAGUCUGGCUGCUCCCAUUGGAUCAAUGCAACCCGUUUAACUGCAACUGUUGCAUAGUGGGAUUAACAGACAAAGGUGUGCUGUACGUCUGCCCAGCUCCUUUCAAUCAGCAACGCUGGAUGCAUCACAUGGGAGCCAUGUCAAUUAAAGGCCUUGAAGGACGAAGAAUUGCCCAGGUAGAGACGGCAUACAAGCUUCUACUCAUCCGUACGGAAAAUGGUCAGGUCUUUGGUUGGUUUCCCUCUGGAAAAUUCCCCAAUUCGCCGGCGUCACAUAUUGGUCAGUCGUGGAAUUCCGCCUUCCAGAAUCGUUGGCCAAUCCAUGUCACUCCAAUCGCUGAACUAAACUCGUCAUUUCAAGGGAUUUCCACCGAUGGCACCGAGAUUUUUGCCUGGGGUAGCUCUUGCCGAAAACCAGUUUCGAUGGAGUAUCUUCCCUAUAUUUUAGAACCUACUAACGAAACUUUUGAGAUGUUGGAGCAAUUAUUGGACCGUGUCUGUGUCAAUUUGGAUCCGCUGUCCGAUUGGCCACCACCUCAGGAUGUAGAGUGCAUAGCUGUGGCUUCACUGAACAUACUCAAGCUUCAAUUUCAAUGGCUUUUGAGUCAUGGAGAGCAAGCUGAUGGUGGACAUCACGCUUGCUCCUUGGCAGUACUGCAGCGCCUGAAAAAUCAUGUCAUUGCUCUGGCAGGUGGUAAUCCAAAUCUCGGAGCCUUACAGGUGACUGCUCAAGGCGUACUUCAACUAGCCUGGAGUCUUCUUCUACCUACUGCGUCUGAAAGAGCUCUAGCAUUGGCUACACUUCUACAACGAAAUGAGGAAUAUGACAGCUGUGGUGGACGCUUCAUGGCUGAUUUACUGGUGACUUCAAUGAUGGCGGAUGGCGGGCUGGAAGCAGCCUUUGAAGCAUCGCUGCAAGUUGAAGCCAAUGAUCUCGAGAUGAGCGGACGGGUUGGCAAUGAUACCGUAUGGAGAGUUCAAACUCAGGUGGGCAAUAACCCGUUAACUCAGCGAGCAAUGGACGAUGCUGCCAACAAAGCCAAACUCCGAACUCCUGAAGGUGCACCUAAUCAGUUGACAUCCACCAGUGUUCCGUUACCGCAGCUCGUCCGUCAGCUAUUGAAGAAUUUUAGCCAACAAUCGCUCAUCACGUUGCGGAACAUAGGAUGCUGCAUUGAAGAGCCAUCACCUGUUGCCAACGAUCCCAGCCUUCAGUUGUUGCUGCAAUUCCAAAGGUUGCUGAUGAUUCGGCUCUAUUCUGAGGAUUCCUUCAAUCUUGCAGCCAGUGGUUUAUUGUUUAAGUAUGUGACUUGGCUGUGUGAAUACGCGACGGAAAAUCUAGAAGCUUGCUCCGUGUUGCUGGGGCAACAGCCCAGUAUUGUGGGUAGCUUGAUGACUGUUCUCCGAAAUAGUGUCGUAGGUAUCCUGUUGGCAGAAUUUGUUAUCGGUCUUAUCCUUUUAGAACAACAGCGUCCCGAGCAUCAGUUGUAUUUGCCUCUGGAUAAACUCAGUUCUAUACUUGUUCUCCUAAAUAAAGUGGCCGGACAGCUACCCGAACAAUUUAUAGAAAAAGAAAUCAUGUCAUGGCCGGGUGUCUUUGCUUGGCCUACAACUGCCAAGGAGCCUUCUCAGUCGAGUGACACACCUAGAAAUCGUCCCUCAGUUCCAAAACAGCUUCAAACGCUGCCAGUGAUUCGCCGGGCAGAGUUCGAGAACCAUAACAAAGAUGGAGGGCUGUGGUUGAUCAUCGGUGGCAAAAUCUACGAUAUUCAAGAUUUCAAAACAAUAGCCCCUUGCGGUGGGGACCUUCUCAUUCGAUGGGCUGGUUGCGACGCAACUGAUGCGUUCAUGAGUGCGUGCCAUUCUACGUCGGCCCAGACCUUAUUGCAAAGCUUUUGCGUCGGAACGCUUGAAGAAGAAGAACCAGACGAAGACAAGGAGAAAGACAGCUGUAACGCUUCCGUCCCAUUAGCUAGCGCGGCCGCUAUUGAAAGUUUUAGAGACUUGGCCUUCCAUAUGAGUAUUUUGAUCGGUGCAAAUUGCCGUAAACUAAUCCGUUCGCUAUCUUUGCAAUCAUCAACGGAUAACUCCUCUGAAUGGUUAAACGCAACCUUUUUAAAAGGAGGCUUACAGGAAGAAUUGCCGGCUGAUCCUUUUAAUGAAGAGAAAGGUGACGUGCGGACUUGUGGAAGUAGUUGCCCUCCGUCAGUUGCUUCUACUCCUUGUGAUGCUCCAGCGAUUCCGCAAGAAACUUUGGAUCCUCCUAAAACAGAAUUUGAGCGCUUGCAAUUUUGGUUGUAUCAAUUGGCAGAAAAAUCUUGCGAGAUGGAAGAUGUGCCGUUGCGAUCAUUCCGCUCCACAGUGAUUCAAAAUCAGUUGCUCUUGGGUCCACCCAACUUGGAUCAGGAUCAUCCGCUUGAGGAAGUUGGCUGGCUGUUGCUCGCUGUAUUGCUCUAUCAUCAUGGUGUUGCCAGUUUGGUUUUCAACAAAGCACAGGCCGAGACUAAAGCGCUACCUAUUGAAAUUAUGGCGCUUUUUAAGGUCGUUCAGCGAUUGAAAUGGCAGCUUUUUCAGGAACGGCAAAAAAUAGACCAAUCACACAAGGAAGUUUGCAGUCCCGUAAUGGACAAAUGCAGAUUUCUACUUUAUGAAGUUAAACCAGUUGUGAAAUUGCAACAGCCAGGAUCCCCGGUAGGGAAUUCGUCACGAUUCCGGCAAUUGGUCAAAUCUUACUGGCACUCGAUUGUCGUUUCCGAAGCUUCGGCCACUUUGGCAGACACCAGUCGCGAAGUGUUUGUAACUGAAUCCAAAACAGGAGAAGAUUAUCGGCUAGAUCCUUCCUUAACAAACGACAUUGUGACGUUUAUUUGCAACAAUGAAAUUACCGAUGUAGAAACUGUACGCAGAGCAAUUAGUUGUCAGGUGAGACGAGCCAAUCUUCGUCUGAAUGGCUAUCGUACCCUUUUGCGCCUCUUGUACGCUAAUAGGCUGAACGACAGCAGCCUAGUUGGCAUUUUCGUCGGUUUUCUCGGCUGUAGUGAAGCUGGCCCGAUAUCACCCAUGGAACCAGCUCGUUUCGUUUCCAUUCAGGAUCAAAUGUCGCUAUCUGCGCUCCGCAAAAUGCUUCUCCGUUUUUGUGCAAAACAACUUCAAGCCGUCGUGGGGGAUUGUAGGAGCCAAUGCUUGGAUAUCGAGUAUCAUCCGAAGAGUAGAAUGGUCGCCUUCCUGCUAUCGGUAGUCAGCUCAGCCGCAUUAUCUGGCGAAGAAGCCGAUAUGCUUGUCAUUCUUGGAAUACCGGCUGUUGUCUUUGCUUUGCGCAAACACGUAGCCUUCCAGUCGCAGAUGCCAGACAUUUCCAACGUCCAAGUUAUUUUGGACGAAGGAGUCAGCCGUCGAAAAGGAGUGACAUCAACCGGUAAUGACUGUUUGGCAACACUUGCCUUAAGUGGCCCUGAAGCUGCUGCUAUGAUGAAACUUGGUGCUCGCGUCGUUAGAGGACCCGACUGGAAAUGGGGUGAUCAAGACGGCACUCCUCCUGGAGAGGGUCGGGUCAUUGGGGAUCUUGGCGAAGACGGAUGGGUCCGAGUUCAGUGGUAUAAUGGAGCCACCAACUCAUAUCGCAUGGGUAGGGAAGAUAAGUAUGAUUUGCGAUUGGCCUAUCCGACGACUCCUCAAUGUCCGGCCACAAAAACACUGGAUUCGGUGACCCCCCAACAUGAAACCAAUGAACACCUUCACCAAUGCUUUCCGCAAACAACAAGUCCUUUUGAUUCCAAGAAUCCACGGCACGCAUUGCUUACGCUUUGCGACACCUUUUUGCUGUCGCAUUUUCUUCAGAUAGCUACUCGUCCGUCUUCAAAUGAAAACGCAUUGGCCUUGACUGUAAGAACGUGGCGGGCGAGCGUUGAAAGCCGCUAUGUGCACAAACAGUUGCAAGACACCAAGUGGACGGAGCUUCCUUUUAUCCGCACCAUCGCAUCCGUUUCGCUAAGCAGUCAGUCGACGGUCCUACACAGAGAAUUUUGUUCGUCGUUGUGGCUGCAAUUGCUUGUCAAACUGAUCAAAGCUGGUGGUGAUCCAGCGCGCGAGGAGACUUCUUUUCCACUGACGGCCCAACUUCAAGCUAUCGACGUAUUACGUGUUUUACUACCAGACUGGUCCGGCACUGUUGAACAGCAGAAAGAAUUCUUGUGUCAGCUGGUGGACGUCUUAGCUGAGCAUGUUCUUCUUUCCAAACCCGAUGUCAUUCUCGAACUGGCACACGCGGAAAAUCGGCCGGCCCAAGCAGAUUCUGACGUCACCGUUCCAAAGGUUCCUUUGACGAGCUGUUACAACGCUACGGUUGCCGACGCUCUUGUUGGCUUACUGCGUCACCUGUACACUUUUCCAAAGUGGACUCCUCUGAUAACUCAUUUGCUGCUACGAGCUGGAUUCGGCAACUAUUACGCGGCUUCUUUAGCAUUCAUCGGUGGCGUGACCAACAAACCUAGGAUCGGAGGUGACAUUGUCAUUCCUGAUGGCCGACACGGUGUUGUCAUGUGCAUUCGUCCCAACGGACAGCUCCACGUGCAACUGCAGACGUCAGGGGACGUUGUGUUUGUUCCCUUGUCAUCUGUCCGAGCGACGCCCAGCUUGAUGGAGAUGCACGCGAUUCCUCUAACGCAAGAAAUAGUUGCUUUCUUCAUACAGUUGUUGACGGCGGCGACAGAGGAAAUGGGCAAAAUCGAUGGAUUUGACGAAGACUUGCUGCGCGAACAGCUCGUUAAAGCCCUACAACUGAAAGCCUCCCGAGCUGUUUUAUCACAUCCAAAGUGCUUGCAAUUGGCGUUGAUAAGCCCUCUAUCUGUCGAAUUGACGCACACGUCAACCGUUGUGCAGAACUCGUCUGUCUUUCCCGUGCCGACGCUCGUUACUGCCCGCCUUGCCUCUGCUAGUUUGUCGGGCCCUUAUUCUCUGGGAUCAUCUUUGCCAGCCGUGACAAAUUUCUCCGCGUUAGAAUCAACCGGACUUCAGAAAUCGCACUCUCUACCCGAGUUAGACCAGCAACCGCGUUCUUCUAAUAUUGGACAGUCGACAACGGAUCGGCUGCUGCUUCACCACUUAUUACAAAAGGCUCGGCUAUCCUGCCCAGUCAAAGCUACAUUAACUAGAAAGGAGCUUGAAACAGCCACAGAGGAUUUGCUGCAACAUUUAUCAUACCUUGCUCAGACUGGCCAAAUUCCGCAAGAUACUAUAACUGCCCAUCCCAUAGAAGAAUGCUCAACGUUUACGACUGUGGGAGUUCUAGGAGACGGGUCUCCUCUGCGAGAUCCACCUUCCGAGGAACAAAAAUUAACCGAAGAAGAGAAACCGAAUAAUGGAGGCCCCCCAUCUCCACUCAUGUUGCAACUCAUGGAAAUUGGGUUCUCGCGGACUGCUGUCGAAAUGGCAUUCAAAACAUUGGGAAGCGAAAGGGAAUCGAGUAUUGAAGCUGUCAUCAACUGGCUGUUGGAAAAUCCGGACAUGUCGGGUUCGGAGAUGAUAGAAUCAGACGGAAGAGAAGCCGCUGCAAUUGAGGUAGCAGCAACGAGCCAGCAACCGAUAUCGUCAUACUUGCGCCAGUCUGAUUUUGCCAGCAGCGACGAUUACGCUGCAUACGUUCGCGAUCAUAUAGCCAUUGGGAUGCAUGUCCGCUGUUGCCGUAGCUACGACGAUCUUGGCGAAGGCGAUGUCGGUCAUGUAGUCCAACUCGACCGUGAUGGCCUUCACGAUUUGAAUCUUCAGGUUGAAUGGCAGCAAAAGGGAGGCACUUACUGGGUGCGAUACAUACAUGUUGAAAUCAUUGGAUUUAUAAAUCCAACCACAACUAAAAAUGGACAAAAGCCCAUUAUUAGCGUUGGUGAUAGGGUUCGCGUUAAAGCGCAAGUUGGCACGCCAAAGUACAAGUGGGGUUCUGUGACGCAUCGCAGUGUUGGCGUCGUUAUAGGAAUUGAAAGCAAUGGGGAUAUCACGGUCAAUUUUCCCGAGCAAAACCGGUGGACGGGAUUGCUGGCGGAAAUGGAGCGCGUUGAGCCAUCGGAAUCAAACGUGGCCGCCAACCCUCCAUCUCCUCUACUGGGAUCUUUCGACAGCGCAACCGUAGCCGCUACGUUGCAAGAUCUUGGCGAGAUUUCUCUUGCGGUUGCUCAUCCUCUCGUCUUGUGCGACGGCUGCGACCUGAUGCCCAUCCGAGGGCCACGAUUCUCCUGCCGCGUUUGUGAGGAAUUCAAUCUUUGCCAACAAUGUUUCAAUUCUACUAGUACUGGACAUCGCCAUCCGUUUAACAGAAUUGGUCAUCCUGGAGGAGCAGCAAUUUAUGCCGGUCGACCUGGACGUAAAGUUCAGCCAGCACCAACCAUUAAAGAUUUCGUGUGCAAUACGCGAUCGAACGCAGGUCUGAUAACGGACUGGGAAUGUUGUGUCAAAUCGUUAUGGGUUUCCUCGCGUGAAAACUGGGCUCACAGGUUACUGGACCGCACUUCCAGCUAUUGGCAAAGCUGUGGAAUGCAGGGAAAGCAUUGGAUUCGAAUGGAAUUGCACCCGGAUAUCGUUGUUCAUUCGCUCAAAGUACUGGUUGAUCCAGCCGAUGGAAGUUACACACCGUCCCUUCUAAUUAUUUCAGCAGCCGAUUCAUUGAGUGGGAUGAAGGAGGUGGCUGCUGUAUCUGUUGGACUACAGGAUACUUGGGUCAGUCUAGUCUCGCCGCAGCAAAUGCAACAACCUUACCGCUUUAUCGAAGUGGCCAUCAAGCAGUGUCGCAACGGAGGUAUCGACUGCAAGGUCCACGGGAUACAACUGGUAGGAAGAAACGUUGGUAAUGCAUUACCGCUCGAUGACAGCGCAGCAUUAGCCAGGCUACUCCCGCCAGAUUUCGAAUUCGAACAUGCCGAUUCCGUAUUCAACAAGAGCCAGCAAUCAAUAAAUCAACCCCUCAGUUCACUGAAUAGCGCGAAGCGAGUCUACGUAUGGGGUCUGAACGACAAGGAACAGCUCGGAGGGCCGAAAGGUUCCAAAAUCAAAGUUCCUCAAGCAGUCGAUUGGAUGGUUUCUCUUCAACCGAUAAACUUGGCUGGCGGAUCGAAGUCACUGUUCCUCGUCACGCAAAGUGGGAAGGCAUAUGCCUGCGGAGAAGGUAGCAAUGGACGUCUAGGAUUGGGUCAUUCGAAAAACAUCAACACCCCGCAUCAAAUUUUUGCUCUUUCGCAAUACGUCGUUCGGAAGAUUGCCGUGCAUUCCGGCGGACGUCAUGCAUUGGCUCUCACAGCUGAUGGCAGAGUAUUUUCCUGGGGAGAAGGAGACGAUGGCAAACUCGGCCACGGAGAUGUCGCAUCCUUGGACACACCGCGUUGCGUUGAAGCAUUAAAUGGAUUUCGUAUACGUGACGUGGCGGCUGGAAGUAACCACAGCGCAGCCGUCACAUCAUCCGGUGAAUUGUACACUUGGGGUCUCGGAGAAUACGGUCGCCUGGGACAUGGAGAUAACCUCACGCAGCUGACUCCCAAACGCGUGGACGCAUUGGUUGGACAACGUGUCCUUCAGGUUUCGUGUGGCAGUAGAGACGCCCAAACUUUGGCGUUAGUCGAAGGUGGACUUGUUUAUUCAUGGGGAGAUGGUGACUUUGGCAAAUUGGGUCGAGGUGGAUCAGAAGGUUGCUCAUCGCCAUGUCUAGUGGACAAACUUUCUGGACUUGGAGUUUGUCACGUCGAAUGUGGGGCACAAUUUUCAGUGGCAUUAACCUGCAACGGACACGUUUACACCUGGGGCAAAGGGGACUAUUUUCGAUUAGGUCAUGGAUCGGAUCAACAUGUUCGUUGGCCUACCUUAGUCGAAGGUCUGAGAGGGAAAAAAGUCAUCGGAGUGUCUGUUGGAGCGUUACAUUGUCUGGCAGUCACAGAUGCCGGACAAGUGUUUGCAUGGGGAGAUAACGACCACGGUCAACAAGGGAACGGAAGUGUCACUGUAAACCGACGUCCCACUUUAGUUCAAGGAAUAGAUGGCAUUAAGAUCACUCGAGUGGCCUGUGGGUCAUCUCACAGCGUGGCUUGGACGGCACCCGAGCCCCCGAGUGUCGCCCCGCCAGAACCGGUUCCGUUUCCCACUACCAAAGACCCCUUGGGUUCCACGGCAGCUGGGUUGAACGAAGGUUCGGCUGAAAUGGGCCGUCACUCCGCACAGCCGACCAAAGAAAAUAGCGCAUCGCUAAGCCGCGCUUUGUUAUCACUUAGCAGUGUCGAAGCACAGCAACGCGCCUUGCAUUGCGUCUUAUAUUCAAUGCAAAUCCAACUGUGUCGCGAUGCUGUCGUAGCGAUUUUCAGCCAAAGAGCAACGAUGAAUGACGACUUGCUAUCGCAGACGGGGCCAGCACAGUCCACGUCGGAUGAAACUGAUGGAGAAGGAUCUGUGGAACAGUUUGAUGGGAUCAAGCUGAUCAAACACAAGGAAACUGCAGCCUUGUGGGAGCUCUUGAAAUUGUUCAGCUCCAACUGCAAACAUUCAUCGUCUGAAGCACGAACGACUCUGUCCAACGCCCUUCUUGCUGCUGCGGUCAAAGAAUCGUCCGUUCGUGAAUUGCUGAUCGAGUUCUGCGUAGCCGAACUGGAAGAGGUGAGCGGAGAAGGUACGGGCAUUCAUCAUUUCAAUGCCGCUGGCUUUGGAGUUGGUUUAGGUUUCCCUCAACCUAUUGUCCAGGAAUCAUCACAUCCCUACACUGACGACGUCACGUUGACAGGCCACGUGGUGUUGCCCGGUGCGGAAUCAUUGCGUGUUGAGUUUGAUCGACAGUGUUCGACAGAAAAGCGUCACGAUCCCCUCACUUUAUCCGACGGAGUGGGUAGAAUUUUGGCCAUUCGAUCAGGAAGGGACUGGGCCGAUUGGUCUCAGGAAGUUCGCGUACAAGGCAACGAAUUACGUUGGCGGUUUACAAGUGACGGCUCUGUCAAUGGCUGGGGUUGGAGAUUUAUCGUCUAUCCAGUAAUAUCACCAGGAGCCGCAGCAAGCGGCGAAGUCCAAAGCGAGCGGCUACUUUUAGCUCGGCCUUCAGUGUCGGUCGUUGCCUGUUUGCUGGAUCCUUUGAUCAAGUACCUCAGCUGCCAAUCGGAUUCCCGAAAAGGCCGAUUACCAACCAGAUUGGCCAUGGCUCUUGCUGGAUGUGCUCAACGAAGCGGCUCUUUAACUCCCAAAGAUCGAAUGUGGGCGCUACAACGCUUACGCAGAAUACUCUCCACACCAGGAACGUGUGAUGCACCCGCAUCUGCAAACUAUGAAGCAUCGGAGAAUGCUGCUGUUCGAUCGGCAGUGUCGUCGACAAUGAUGUCACCAAAAGACAUAAAUCAUGGGACACUUGGAAAACUGUUGAGGAACCUGCCUGAAAUGUUGUUGCAACAGUAUGAAUACGAAGAAGCUGCAGUUCGUGGAGGACAGCAAUUGUUGCACAGCCCGUUCUUUCAAGUGUUGAUCGCUCUGGCGUGCGAUCUUCGGUUCGAUCGUUUACCUAUUUGCACUAAUGACGGAUCACGCUGGUCUUGGUUUCGAAGAUAUUGCGCUGCUGCUAGAGCAGCCACUGGGCUGAUGCAAAGGACGCGGCUACCGGAAUCGUUUACAGCUGAUGUGAAGAGGAAAAUUUCGGAAAUCCAAAGUGAUGACACAAACAUAACGGCAGAUCACGAAAAUCCACUUUUAUUUAGCCACGAACACGAUCAGCAGCUACUGCAAUGGAUGAAUAGUCACCCGGAAGAUUGGACUCAAAGUUGGACAGCCGUUGGUGGUGGACAGAUUUACGGUUGGGGUCACAAUCAUCGCGGACAACUUGGUGGCGUGGAGGGGGCUAAAGUAAAAAUACCAACUGUUUGCGAAGCGUUGUCGGCCCUUCGCCCCAUCCAGUUAGCCGGUGGAGAGCAGACCUUAUUCGCCGUUACCUCCGACGGCAGAGUCUACGCUACCGGUUACGGAGCCGGUGGUCGCCUGGGCAUUGGAGGGGCAGAAAGUGUGACGAUGCCCUCACUUUUAGAAUCGUUGCAACACGUUUUCGUGAAGAAAGUGGCCGUCAAUUCGGGCGGCAAACAUUGCCUGGCCCUUUCGUCUGAAGGUGAAGUCUACAGCUGGGGGGAGGGAGAAGAUGGCAAGUUGGGCCAUGGCAACAAGCUCCCUUGUGACCGACCCCGGAUCAUCGAGUCCCUUCGCGGAAAAGAUGUGGUUGACGUCGCUUGCGGCGGUGCGCACAGUGCGGCCAUCACCGCUUCUGGCGAAUUGUACACGUGGGGCAAAGGGCGAUACGGUCGGCUCGGGCAUGGAGAUUCGGAUGACCAAUUGAAGCCGAAACUUGUCGAAGCUUUAGUAGGUUAUCGCGUGAAAGACGUGGCUUGCGGAUCUGGAGAUGCUCAAACGUGCGCAAUCACCGAAGAAGACGGUGGAACUGUAUGGUCGUGGGGAGAUGGCGACUAUGGAAAGCUGGGUCGAGGCGGAUCGGAUGGCUGCAAAAUUCCCACGAAGAUUGAAAGUCUAUCGGGUAAGUCGAUCGUAAAAGUGGAAUGUGGAAGCCAAUUUUCAGUAGCCCUCAGCAGCAACGGGUCAGUUUACACUUGGGGCAAAGGUGACUAUCAUCGUCUCGGACAUGGUGCCGACGAGCACGUGCGACGACCCAAAAAAGUGAUGACACUUCAAGGAAAGAAAGUGAUAUCCAUCUCAACUGGGGCGUUACACUGCGUCGUUUGCACUGACCAAGGCGAGGUCUAUACAUGGGGAGAUAACGAUGAAGGUCAACUAGGGGACGGAACCACUACCGGUAUUCAAAAACCUCGUCUUGUAACAGCAUUGCAGAACAAGAAAAUCAACCGGGUAAGUUGCGGUUCUGCGCAUACGGUGGCCUGGAGUACUUGCAAAGGGUGCACUACGCCUGUGGCCGGAAGUAGCCGACUUCCAACCACAAUACCUUUACAAUAUGAUUUACUGAAGGAUAUCCCUAUACCUGUUCUUCGUAACCGACUGCUGUUGCUACAUCACUUUGCCGAAGUUGUGUGCCCAAUAUUGCCGAUGUUACCCCUUGUUUCCGUACAUUCCAGAGAAAUGGAUGGCAGUGUGAUGGAAGAAACUGAAGGCGUCCUUUGUGGAAAUCACGACCGACUUAGGGGUAUUCUUAUGGCGUCCGCGAAAGAAGCAGCUUUUCGCAAGGUUGUGCAGGCAACAAUGAUCCGAGAUCGCCAACACGGUCCAGUGGUAGAACUUAAUCGGAUAGCGCUUAGACGUUGCCGAGCUACCGGGACAUCAGGAAACGCUGGCCCAAAUUCCACCGUCUUCGCUCAGAUGGCUAACAAACUGUCCUUAUUGACUUACGACGUUCUUAUGUUGCCUCAUAGAACGUGGAAAGUGAAAUUUGUCGGAGAAAGCGUUGAUGAUUGCGGAGGCGGCUACAGUGAAAGCAUAGCCGAGAUGUGUGAAGAAUUACAAAACGGCAGUCUGCCGCUGCUGAUCCUCACGCCCAACGGUCGAGAAGAAGCCGGAACCAACAGGGAUUGCUUCAUCUUAAACCCAAGCGCCAAUUCAGGGCAAAACCUGAAAAUGUUCCAGUUCUUGGGAGUGCUGAUGGGAAUCGCUAUACGCACUGGCUCGCCAUUGAGUCUCAAUUUAGCCGAACCCACAUGGAAAGCUCUGGUUGGUUUGCCUCUCAGUUUGAUUGACUUGAACGAAAUCGACCGGCAUUAUUGGCCAGCGCUGUGCCACAUCCGCGACUGUAAAGACGCAGAAGGUGACCUCACGCUUAGCCAAUUGGAUUUACCGUUUUCGACGAGCUCCGCCGCUGGCCACGACGUAGCGCUUUUACCUCACUCGCAUCGACGCAUCACGCGCGACAAUCGCGAUCUCUAUCUGAAAUUGGCUUUGCAUUUUCGCUUGCACGAGUUCGACGGCCAAGUGCGCGCCGUCCGCCAAGGACUCGGUCAGGUCGUACCUUUACCUUUGCUCUCCCUUUUCACGGGCGCCGAAUUGGAAGCGAUGGUGUGCGGAUCGCCAGAGAUUCCGCUGGCGCUACUCAAGUCGGUGACCACGUACAAAGGAAUCGAACCUCAUUGCGCCCUCGUCCGAUGGUUCUGGGAAGUCAUGGAAGAGUACAGUCACGUCGAGCGAUCGCUCUUUCUCCGCUUCGUCUGGGGCAGAACGCGUCUACCGCGUACGUUAGCCGAUUUCAGAGGCCGCGACUUUGUCCUUCAGGUUCUUGAUAAGUAUAAUCCGGCGGAUUACUUUCUGCCUGAGAGCUACACGUGCUUCUUUCUGCUGAAGAUGCCGCGUUACUCUUGUAAAGUAGUCUUACGGGAGAAGUUGAGCUACGCCAUCCAUUUUUGUAAAUCAAUAGACAAUGACGAGUAUGCCCGUGUGGCUGCUCCCGAGGUUCUCCACAACCCACCUGCUCACGAAGAAGACGCGGAAAAUGAAGCAGAAAACUAAGUCUUUUUAUUAUUCGUUGUUAUUUGAAUUUUAAAAAAUUUUAAUUUUUUUUUUUCUUACUGUCGCUUGUGUUUAAUGUCACACGUACGAAAUACAAAAGAAAAAGCUACAA